CGGCGCUGGGAGCCCCGGGGGGACCUGGGAGGAGAACCGUUCAUUCACGCAGACAGUCGAGUCGCCAUCCAGGACCGGCGGUGGUGGCCGGGGUGCGAGAAAACAUGGGCGUGCACGGGGCCGCGUGUCUCGCGCUCCUCGUCACGUGCGCGGCGUGCAGCGCGCCCCCGGUGCCGCUCGAGGACGUGGUGGUGAUCGAGAGGAGCGCCGUUCCCGAGCGCUGCGAGCGGGCCGUGAAGAAGGGCGACUUCGUGCGCUACCACUACCGGGGCGCGUUCCCGGACGGCACGGCCUUUGACUCCAGCUACAAACGCGGCUCCACGUACAACGCGUUCGUGGGCCGGGGGCAGCUCAUCGCCGGCAUGGACAGAGCCCUGCUGGGCAUGUGCGUCAACGAGCGGCGCGCCGUGAAGGUCCCCCCCCACCUGGCCUACGGCAAAGACGGAUACGGUGACAUCAUCCCGCCAGACGCCAUCCUGCAUUUCGACAUCCUGCUGUUGGACAUCUGGAACCCCGAGGACACGGUCCAGGUGAAGACCUACUCUAAGCCGGAGGCGUGCAGCCGCAAGGUGCAGGUGUCCGACUUUGUGCGCUACCACUACAACGGCACCCUGAUGGACGGCACCCUGUUCGACUCCAGUCGCACCCGGCUCCGCACCUACGAUACGUACGUGGGCACCGGCUGGCUCAUCGCCGGCAUGGACCAAGGGCUGCUGGGAAUGUGUGUGGGGGAGAAACGCAUCAUCACGGUGCCGCCGUUCCUGGGCUACGGCGAGAACGGAGACGGCAGUGACAUCCCGGGCCAAGCCUCCCUGGUGUUCGAUGUGGUUCUCCUGGACCUCCAUAACCCCAAGGACGGCAUCGCCGUGGAGAAGCUGCAGGUUCCGGAGAACUGCCCUCGUAAGAGCAAGGCAGGUGACUUCAUGAGGUACCACUACAAUGGCACCCUGCUGGACGGCACCUUCUUUGACUCCAGCUACUCCCGGAACAGCACAUACGACACCUACAUUGGGAAAGGCUACGUAAUCUCGGGCAUGGACGAGGGUCUUGUGGGUGUCUGCGUCGGGGAGAGGAGGAGAGUCAUCAUCCCACCUCACCUGGCCUACGGGGAAGAGGGCACAGGAAAGAUCCCCGGCUCGGCCGUCCUCGUAUUCGACGUCUACGUGGUGGACUUCCACAACCCGUCGGACGUGGUGCAGAUCACGAGCAGCUUCAGGCCUGAGACGUGUGAGCCGCGCAGCAAGAAGGGGGACUUUGUCAAGUACCACUACAACGUGAGCCUGCUGGACGGCACGUCGCUGCACUCCUCGCUGCACUACGGGAAGACCUACGAUGUGGUUCUGGGCACAGGUCAGGUGGUGAUGGGCAUGGAGAUGGGCCUCCAGGACAUGUGUGUGGGCGAGAAGCGCAGACUGGUCAUCCCUCCCCACCUGGGCUAUGGCGAGAGAGGAGUAGCUGGCGAAGUACCAGGAAGCGCAGUAUUAGUGUUUGAUGUCGAAAUGCUGGACAUGGAGGAGGGCCUUCCAGAGGGAUACAUGUUUGUAUGGAACAGUGAAGUGACCCCUGACCUCUUCGAUGACAUGGACAAGAACAAGGACACUCAGGUGGACUCCGCUGAGUUCACCGACUACAUCCUGCGGCAGGUUAGCGAGGGCAAGGGUCGCCUGGCCCCCGGGUUCGAGCCCCAUCGCCUCAUCGAGAACAUGUUCGCCAACCAGGACCGCGAUGGCAACGGCAAGAUCACAGCGGAGGAAUUUAAGCUGAAGGCGGACGAAUCUCCGGCGCACGACGAACUGUGAUCCUGGAGCACAAACCUCUUCCCUUCUUUCUUAGUUUUUUUUUUUACAAUUGUGCUGGAAGACAUAUUGUGUCUAUUUUAUUUACGUGGGAAAAAAAACUCGAGAACAAUACUGACCUCAGUGAAGAGUUCUGUUUAAUGUAUCGAUGUAGCCCUCUAAGAGUGUAACGUUUAGGAAUUGAGAGCCUGGGCACACGACAGAACACGAGUGCUCCUCUUUGGGGUGGGGGAUGGAGGAGGGUGUUGCAGUCCACACGCAACGUCCCUCUUGUGCAGAACAUCAGCCAUUUGACCCCACGUCCUGCUUUCUGGCUGUUUGCUUAGAAUAACAACACGCACGACAUCCAAAAAUGAAGGGACUGUCCUUUCGCUCACGGCGGUGCUUCGUUCGGUGUCGCAGCCAUUGGACGGAGUCCCACUGAACACGUCUCGCAAGUUACCCACAAGGACUCGCCAGCUCUCGGCUCGGUCGCCCUCCCUGCCCCCCACCUUAGCGGGAUCCAAGCCUGAUGUGGGAGAGGUAUUCGAACCCUUGUCUGUGCUGGGCCGGCGAGCGUCUCGCGUCUCGCAUCUUCCUUCACAGGGCACCCUGUGUGUAAGAGGCCACUUCCUCCCUCGAGAAACAGCACACGUCGCAUCACCAUCAGGACACCCGGCGCUGCUCUACAUACCACAUAGAGCAACCGAGAAUUAUUCACCCGUUUAUACGGCUGCGUAAUUUUACUGGAGCAAUUUUGUCUUGAUCAGGCACUAGGCGAGAUUCAAACCUGCAACCUUAGGAUUGAAAGGCAGCAGCUCUAGGCACCAUGCUGUCAGCUGCACGGAAACUGUGUCACAUCCUCCGCUGUGUUUUCUCCGGUUUACAACGAAUCCUGACCAGUAAAGGAAGGAUGUGAGCUGCUCCAGUUACCAUGUGCAAAUUUGACUUAAUGCAGAGGAAACGCGGUACUCGGAGUUUAUGGUCCACAGGUGCAGUAUUAAUUGAAGGCUCAGUCUGCAUCAUCUCGGACAAUCCUGGAUCAUCUCGGACCAUCUGGGAUCAUCUCGAGGCUUGUCUAGAAUCUGUCAUUGCAUUGAUCUUACAAAAUCUUACUAAACCAGCAGUACAAAUAGCUCCAGAAGUUCAUGUCCCACAUUAAGGUGAAGACCAUGUUGUUCACAAGACCGAUGGAGUCAUGUAUUUGGACGUUUAGAAAAUACUUGUUUUCAAUGUUACUUCUGUAGCAAACUGCUAAGUUGCUGUAGUAAAAGUAGAGUACAGGCAGCUGGAGCAGCGAACACAUCUCGAGGCUCCAGGGAGGACGGCGUCGUGAACGUGGACAGCGGGCGUGCGUGAGGGCGGGCGAAGGUGGGGGCCCGAGUCGGGGUUAGCGCUCAGCUAGCUGUUAGCACGAGGAGGGCCCCCAAAUCGUGCCAUUUAACAAGUAAACGCCUCUUUGGUCGGUUCGUUAGAAGGACUCGAUUAACGGCAGGUUGCUUAACGGCGGCCGAGCGGUUUCACCGAGUAACGAGUGACUGUGAGGAGUCUCAUUUACCACAGGGCCGCGGUUCUACGUACAGAGCGGUGUAAGUGUCGCUGACCACGCUGACCACUCGCGCUCCUGGUUCUGCUCCACACCAACGGGCUGUACUGUGAGCCAUGUGGGGGCGCUCUUCGCUCCCUCCCAUCAUCAUCAUCAUCAUCUUGUUAAUAAAAUAUUGCCCUUA